GAGGGCGGGAGGGAAUGGCGGCGCCCACGCUCCCUACCCCGCGGUACGACCACGUGGGGCCGGACGGGCCGUUCCGGGAUGUGUACGAGCCGGCCGAGGACACCUUCCUGCUGCUGGAUGCUCUGGAGCAGGACGCGGCCCGCCUGAGGGAGGCUCGAGUUGAGAUCUGUCUUGAAAUAGGAUCUGGAUCUGGUGUGGUUUCAACGUUUCUAGCUUCUUCCAUUAUCGGAUCCAGUGCACUGUACAUAUGUACAGAUAUCAACCCUAUGGCAGCUUACUGUACACUGGAGACAGCUCUGCUUAACAAUGUUCACCUUCAGCCAGUCAUUACUGACUUGGUGAAAGGACUGUCUCCAAGAUUAAAUGGGAAGGUUGAUCUGCUGCUAUUUAAUCCACCAUACGUGGUAACACCUUCUGAAGAGGUGGAAAGCCACGGAAUAGAGGCAUCCUGGGCUGGUGGCAAAAAGGGCAGAGAAGUAAUGGAUAGAGUUUUUCCAUUAGUACCAGACCUACUUUCACCAGGAGGAUUAUUCUACUUGGUCACAAUUAAAGAAAAUAAUCCAGAUGAAAUUCUGGAAACAAUGAAGAAACAUGGCUUAGAAGGCACACGAGUACUUUCCAGACAAGCAGGACAAGAAAUGCUUACUGUCCUCAAAUUUAGGAAGUCUUGAUAACUGCUCUUAACCUUCCAGAUACAGGGCACGCAGAAAGUUGAAAACAGAGAACUGAAGUUGUCAAAUCAGUUUUUAAGCCAAGAUUUUCACCCUCUUAAGGUGUAUCCUCACUUCUGCAUUACUGCAGUGAAACUGAUCAAGACUCUGUAUUUAUUCUGGAUGUUAACUGGCUGUUAUCUCAUCGGAGAUACAGUUGUCCUCUGGCUACCCACAUGACAGUGGUGGGGAACUGUGAAAUACCCUGCCUUGGUGCAUUUGCACUUAAGCACUGAAGACUUUUUUCUCUAUAAAUAGGUAUUUGUAUAUUUGUCAUUGUAGCUUAUUAAAAUAAUGUACUUGAUAUAAUUCUUCCUGUUUUAAUAGCUAGUUUAUACCUAUGCUGGGUUUAAAUGAAUAUUUGGAAUCAGUGUUACUCUUUUUGAGGUAGUAUCCAGCACUGUUACUGGUCUAAGGCACAAUUACUGAGUUUAUUUCUGUAGUAAGGAAACAGUGUACUUCUGAACAGAAAGAUGCAGUAAGCGUAUCUCAAGAGCUGGGGCAAGGGCAAAAUAUUGUGGUGUUUGUGCUCCCUUGUGUGCCAUUUUACAAGGAGGGUACUACUAUGAAGAUGUAGAUUAGAUGAAGAGUUCUCAUCCAUGAAAGGUAUUAAGGGCAGGGAAAAAAGCAUAUGAGAUGCUAUUACAAAGGCGAGGUAGCUGAAAACAGUAAGUAGAGAAGUGGAACAAAAGUCCUCUCUCAAAAUCAUUAUUCAAACCAGGAAGCUAUUUCCUGACCACCAGACCCUGAAGAAAAGCUUUCCUCUGCAGCCUCCUCCCCGUCCCAGUGCCCACAGAAGGUUCUCGUGCAGCAUUGCUCCAGCAGCACAAGGAGACACGUGCCAUGCAGCGGGCAUAGGCUGGAGAGGAAGAUGUUUUGCUCACGUGCAGCACAAAGGUAGAGACCGCUGAGGUAUGCAGCACCACUAGCGCUGUCUGGGAGAAUGCUUUCAAAGAAACUGACCUUUAAGGGUUUGUGUCCAUAGAAACUGUAAGUGAUGUUAGGAUAAACCAUUAGCUAGCUCUUUUAUGGGGACUAAGGUUCACAGGGGUUUUGGUAGGAUGCUGAGGCACUGAAAAGAUUAUUCCAUUUAAGACUUUAGAACUAAGCUUAUGACUCUCUACUUACCCAGCUUGUACAGAUGGUAAAAGUUCUUCCAUGUUUUGAACUGACCGCCCAAAAAACCUCUAGGAGAUUGAAUAAAGGAGGUUUUAGACAGGCAGAAUAACACGUAAGACAGGUAGGUACUGUUAAGAUUUGCAGAAACACGUGACUGCAAACCCAGCUAGACCAUUUGAGAUAUUCUGCCACAAUGGAAUGUGAGAAGCUGCUUUUGACUGAUAUAGGUCAAAAGUCAGCUUACACUGGCCUAGCAUAAAAGUUGUUCCUUACACCAUCCUGAAGAAAACAGACGAAGGACUGGAUAGCAGGAAGUGUGCAGUGCUGAUUGUUUUACAUCCUGAGAGCCGCCAUUCCCCAGCUUAGACGACCACUGGAGAGCCACAAUGCCAGUCAAUUCAACAAUUCAAACACAGCUAAUGCAUCCCCUUCAGUAACUUUUCUGUCACAGAUAAACAUGAAUGUGAACAGAAACACACAGUAGGAGGGUUUAGAGGGAAGACUCAUGUUAGUGAUGUUGCUCAACAUUUAUGCUAUGUACAAGAAAUUCUAGUACUUGAAACUACUGAGUCUAAAAAAAUGUGUUUCAUUGACCAAAGUGA